AUGACAGGUGCUGUUUUUGUGGAUCUGCGGAAGGCAUCUGACACCGUCGACCAUACGACUUUGCUUGGUAAGCUAUCCGCUAUUGGGGUCAUAGGUCAUGAGCAAAACUGAUUUGACGACUAUCUGACAGGUCGUUCCCAAGUUGUUGGUCUUAAUGAUGUCCUAUCAGACAGUGAACCUGUGAUAGUUGGGGUACCACAGGGAUCAAUCCUGGGCCCCUUAUUGUUUAUACUACACGUGAACGAUUUACCUGAUUAAAUUUGCAAUUGCAGCAUUUUGAUGUAUGCGGAUGAUACUGUAUUAUUCUGCUCCGGCUCGGAUGUCUCCACGAUCGAAAAAAGACUUAAUGAUGAACUUAACUUAAUAUGGGACUGGUUGCGUGAUAAUAGUUUAUUUGUCAAUGUCAAAAAAACUGAGUCAAUGUUAUUUGGAACUGCUGCUAGAUUGAAAAACGUAGAUCGUUUCCAAAUUCAGAUUCACGGGCACACCAUUCACCGCGUUUUUGAAUUUAAAUACCUAGGUAUUAUACUUGAUGAGCAUAUUAGUUGGAAUGCUCAUGUGAAAUAUGUUCUUGGGAAAGCAGGAAAAAGGAUCGGGAUGCUGGGAUGUAUUAGGAAGAAUGUAACUGUGCAUUGUGCGAAUACAAUAUAUGUAUCAUUCAUCCGCCCAGUUUUGGAUUACUGCGAUUCAGUGUAUAACUGUUGUGGCGAAGUGAACACCAACUCUCUCGAAAAGCUUCAAAGACAAGCGGCGCGGGUAGUUUGUAAAUCGAAAGACAGUGACAGUGCGAUGGCCUCUCUGAAGUGGGGAACUCUUUUAAGCAGAUGUGAGCAUCACACUUUUAAUGUAGUUAAUAAAUGUAUUAGUGGCAAUUGCCCACAAUGUUUUAAAAAUUACUUUAAUUUUAAUAAGAAUAUAUCUCAACAUGCAACCAGACAAAGUGAACAUCUUCACUUGCCUAGAGUUAGAACAGAAUCUGCAAAACGAAGUUUCUACUAUAAUGGCUGUAAAUAUAUAUAAUAAACUUAAACAGUGCCAAUGACUUUCUAAUAUAGUAUAGAAUUUUUAGCUUUAAACUUUUAGCUCAUAUUGAACUUGAAUUUAUAUUAUAAAACUCUUACAUUUAUAAAUUAUUGAACAUAUGUAUUAUUUUUACUUGUAUAUCAGAGCUCCUAUUGAUAGCAGUGACUUUUUGUUGCUGACAGGACUACUCUGUUUAAGGUUACAUUAUGUGAUGAAACUCUGAUUUUGUCCAAAUUUUUUUUUAUAUAUUCAUAUUAAGUAAUGAUAUAUCUCUCAAUUCCAGCAACUUUUUUAAGAAAAUGUUAAAAAGCGACCGAGAUAUAGGGGGAACUGCUAUGACCACUGAAUAGCUUCGCGCGAAACUUGUAAUUAUGAUUGAACUUUGCUGGCGUCAAAUAUCAAGGUGUGAAAUUCACUAAAGUAUAAGCCGUUUGUUAUUUCUCGGAGUCAUAUAUCAUUGCGACAACAUUAGAAAGCUUAUGAUAUAGUAUUUACAGAAUCUCUCAAUGUUCAAACUAUGCGCGAUGUCGGCUUCGGUGACUUUUCUACUGUGUUUGCGUUUUGUAGCUAUAAAGCUAUAAAGAUAAAUGUGAUAAACACCUUGCCGAAAAAUAUUAAAGUUUGGUUGUUUGUGAUUGGUUAACCGCACGAGGUCACAAGUGGAUUAAUAUUGGGGGCGGAGAGAAUGACAGAAAGAGUGUAAACCUGGUCAAAUCUUAAAUCCUCGUUUGAAGAGAAAGCAAAAUUACCCAGAGGAUCUUGUUAUAGCUGACCGUCUUCAACACUUUUCCAACUGGCACAAGGCCAAGAAAGCUGUUGCAGUCUGUUUGCGUUUUAAAGAAAAACUCAUUGCAAAAGUCCAUGAAAAAACUGCUUGCGAAGGUGAUCACAUAAGAAAUCAUUCAAAAGAAAACGAAGCUUCACACAGCCCAUACACACCCAGCAAAGGAGUCGAGGUGGAAGAUCUUCUGAAUGCGGAGAAAGAGAUCGUGAAGAAUGUCGAAGAACAAGCUUUCAAGAGUGAGUUGACAAUUCUUCAAUCUAUGAAAGAAGACGCCUUUAUCCCCAACAAGCGCAGUAAGAAAUUAAAGAAGGCAAGUACUUUAUCGCGCCUGGAUCCAUUCAUCGACUGUGAUGGGAUUAUGCGAGUGGGUGGUUGA